CUGGGUUGGACGGGGCCGCUGUCAACCCGGGGCACUGCCAGACAGCCAGCGGGCCAGUACGUGUCAAGAACUAGGGUGUGUCACGUCACGUCUCACCACUCACGUUAAUUGUUGCACUAAUUGACCGUGAAGUGUUACUGUGCAUCCUACAGGUUUGUUUUGGUACCACUGUAAAAAUCGGAGUUGCGGCCCUGGUUAGCUGGUCUUCGGCGCUGGAGAGGCCAUGUCGACGAUGGACAGUUCCUUGUACCGCCAACACAUCGGCGGCAGGACCCACCACCACGGGGUGCGGCCCGUGGUGAUCGGCGCGCCCUACGUGCUAUGUGGCUUCGCUGUGGGCGUUAUCCUGAUGGCCGUGGGCACCUUCGUCACCUCCCACGCCUACAGUGACGAGAAGAAGGAUCCCGUGCUGCUGGGCGUGGGGCCGGGGUUGCUGGGGCUGGGCGCGCUGUUACUUCUUAGCGCCGUCCUCAUCUGCAUCGUGGCGUGUCUGCGGAACCGUCAGCUGCGGGAGGCCUUCUCGGACGACCUCUUCACCAUCGGUGCGUCGACCUUCUACGGGGGUCACCAGUUCGUGCAGCUGGAGGAUGACCAACACCUGCCGGACCACUACUCGCCGAGGGGCAGCCGGCGACGACACUCCACGUCCGGCGGCGCCUCCGACCCCAGCGAGGCAGUCAAACUCUGUCCCCCCAGGAUACUGGCCAACACGGUGGCGGAGGAGAGACAGAGACAGAGGAAGAAUUCUCGGAAACUUCCCCGGAAUCGUUCUUAUGAGAAUGAGACGCCCGUCUGCUACACGGGGCCGCAGGGCCUGGUGGAACUCCUUGGCAGGGAAGAGCAGGACCACCUGGGCCUAGAGAGGAUCCGAAGGGUUCAGCCGCACCCCGAACUGGCUCAAGACUUUGACCUGGGCGACAGCGAUUACUCCAGCCACGGGAUCAGGGACCGAUCUUACAGCAUGUCGGUUCGACGCCCGGGGAAACAGUUCCCUCCCGUUGAACAUCGGCUACGUAGAAACUUGACCUACACGCAGGCCUCCCGUGCCCGGCAGCAGCUGCAGCGCCAGCAGCAGCUAGCCGUAGCCGGACCGCACCUUCCCGGCUGGGAAGCGAAGCAGCCGAGGCCGCAGCGGAAACGCAGCUCUAGAAAAAGGAAGCCUAACGCUGCCGAGGUGAAGGAUGGCCCCCUCGUGCAUCAGCUCCCCAAGUACGACCCUGACCUCCUGCGCGUCCUGGGGAUUGAGUCAAACCGGCCCGUCUUGAAUCGAGGCCUGAGCGAGGACACCCGCCAGACCCCUGGGGCCACAGCGGCCCCCGGUUGGCAGGAUGACCCGGACGUGACGCACGGCAGCCUCGGCAACCCCCGGCGCCGUCCCGCCGUGGCGAUGGGUGUCCGGGGCAUCAGGCCCAAGCAGUCCGGGGCGGCGUACAGACACGCGUCCUCCAUCUACGCCUCAGACAUGGAGCUGCACAGGUCGGAGGCGGCGAUGACGAGUGACGCGUCCCAGCCAGGGCACGAGCCGCGGGACAUGCAGAGCCCCGGCGUCACCGGCCAGUACUUCUCCCUCGCUGGCACAGUUAACCGAAACCUGGGGUCGUCGCCAACGCUGCAAUCCCCCUACGCCUACGGGGACUCCUCGCCGCAGCUGGACAGGCGGAGAGAGAGCCCGGUGCCGUCCUCCACGCCGUCCCUGAGCCACGGACACGGCCGCCGACCCUUGUCCAACAUAUCGUCGGCCUCGGAGUCUUGCUGUUCGGAAUGCUGUCAGGACGGCCAGGACGGGGCGAAGGGCGAACACCAUCACCACCAGGCCCGCCGGACCAGCACCACCACGGAGGGAGGCGCGAACCCAAACGCUGACCAAAGACCACAGAACAGUGAUGCUUGAGGCCUUGUGAAGUAGUGUGAGUGUUUUCUGGCAGGCAAAUACUAAGAUUCUAGUUCCAGAGGCGUAACAAAGCUGAUUUUAUGGUAUUUUGCUAAGAUUACGUUGAAACUGUAAUUCGCUUCAGCAUUGUCGGGUCCGUAGACUUAAAACUGACCAUGGAUAUACCCACAACCUCAACGAAUUAACAAAAGUUUGAGAAAAUGAACUUUAACGCUUCUCUUGCCACGACCACAACCCAAUGGUAUCAAAUGGAAGGAAAAAAACACCAAAAGUAGGAAGCGACAAUAAAAUAAAUAAAUAGCCUAAAUUGUGACUCUCCACUCGGUGAUAAUGAAACAAGAGUAGCCACGCCUUGCUUCACUUUAUAACAAGAUAACUAAAGCCUAUCAAGACGUUCCUUAAGUAAAUGUUAUGCAGGUGUACCAACGUGAUAAUAACAACAUAACCGAGAUAAUAAUAACAUAAUGAUAAUAGCAACCAACAUAAUAAUGAUAACAUAAUGAUCUGCAAACUACGAGU